AUGCCAUCUAGUACAGGUGAAGCUUUUGCAAUCCUAGAAGCGGUUUUGUAUGCUGAGUCCCACAACCUGAAUAAAGUUGCAAUUUUUUCCGAUUCUCGCAGCUGCUUACAGGCAAUUCUUUCCAAUCCAUUCAGGUCUAAAAAAAAACAUAAUACGAUUCUAAAAAUAAGAGAAGCUUUGUUUAGGUGUAGUAAAAAAGAUAUUCAUAUUGUACUUUUGUGGAUACCUAGUCAUUGUGGUAUAGCAGCAGGUAAUGAAACUGCUGACUCUUGUGCAAAAGGUGCUAUUUUCUGCGGAUCUUGUCAGCAACCUAACAUCUCGGCCCACGACCUAUCAGCUCUUGCGUACUCCCACCUUUUAAAAUCCUGGACUAUUGAUUGGCAAUCUUCUAAAGAAAAAACUGGCAGGCACUAUGCUAAUAUUCAGUAUUCAAUCCCUUCUUCGCCGUGGUUUUUUAAAUAUAAGUUUUUAAACAAAAAGGUCACGUCUAUAAUCUGCCGUCUUCGUAUAGGGCACGCUUGUACUCCCGUUCAUCUUGCCAAAAUUAAAAUUAAAGACAGUUCUCUCUGUGAGUGUGGUAUGGACGAGGGCUCGACAGACCAUAUAUUUUUUAACUGUUCUUUAAUUAAUGACUCGUUAUUUGACCAUCUUUCUCCAGAUUUCCCUCGUCCAUGUAACCUUAACUCCCUACUUUCCCUCCCAUCCAGCCCGAUCGUCACAAUUUUAGGGAAAUUUAUUUCUGUUAAUAAAUUAAAGUUAUAA